GGGGAAAGAAGAUGCAGGCACUCUAGCAACCGCUAUCCCUUCCCAAUUCUGUAACUCACUGACACAAGGGGUCGGCAAUCGAAGUGACAGGGCAUCAUGAGACCGGGCUCCACUCCUCCAUCCCGCAGGAAAUCCCGCCCACCCAGGAGAGUGUCACCACCUUUGCCAACAACAUCCAGAACAAGUCCACGAAGACCACAUGCACAACAGCAAAGGAGAGCAUCCAGAGCGAGCCCCAAGAAGCGAUUCCGCCCGGGUACAAGAGCUCUCAUGGAGAUCCGCAAAUACCAGAAAUCCACUGAGCUGCUCAUCAGAAAGGCUCCCUUCUCCAGACUGGUUAGAGAAGUGUGUAUGACAUAUGCUUGUGGCAUGAAUUACAACUGGCAGUCUAUGGCACUUAUGGCUUUGCAAGAGGCUUCGGAGGCAUUCCUUGUCCGAUUAUUUGAAGACUCUUACCUCUGCAGUUUACAUGCCAAGCGGGUGACCCUUUAUGUGCAGGACAUCCAGUUAGCCAGAAGGAUACGUGGGGUUAAUGAGGGACUGGGGUAAUUGUAACCACCUUUGGGAUUUUUUUGGGGGUAUGCAAAACUUUUUGUACCAUGUGACAUGAAUUUCUACAAAUUAAGCAUAUGCAUACUGAUAAUUAUGCAUGGUGUAUAACGACAGACUCCUAAAAAGACUAGCAGUGUAUUGUGACUGAAGUAUUCACAUACCCAUAAGUCAAAGUGCCUGCAUACCUUUAGAUAAAACAUAGUGUGAAGCCUUAUGGGAUCUGAACAGGAAUGAGUCUUAAUAAAUGUCAUGUCAUUCAUUUUAAUAAAUGUAAAUAUACUGGAUUUUUUCUAGCACCACUUGCUAUGAAGCUGAGAGAUCUCUCAUUGGCACAUUAAAGGGCAAAUACAUAAACAUAGCAACUCUUUGUUCCAUCUGCACUAGACAUUCAUUCUUUGUAUGCUUUAAUUACACAGAUAUCAUAUCAUACAAGCACACUCACACAUCAUACAUACACACAUUAUCCUACAUUACCAUACACACACACACACACAAAAAAAUAUUAACUGUCACAGCAAUAACCUAUAGAAUGAUUCUAGCUGGGGAAAAAUUCAGUCGUUCAUUUCUAUGUCAAGUAUAUUUUCUUUACAUGUGCCAGACCAUGCAUAAUAUCACUACUGCAAAUGUAUUCAAUGAGCUGUCUAAAUUCAGAUCAGAAGACAGAAUAUUACAUUUAAGGCAUAGUUUAUGACUUUCUCUUUUUUUUGGGGGGGGGGAGUAUUUUACAUAAAGAUGUAUAUUUUAUCUGUCAUACAAAUGCAACAAUAAUUCGUUAUUAGUUUUGUACUGUUUAAAAUGUGAUAUUUUUAUUAAAUGUAAUAAAGUUUUUAAAGACAAA